UUCAUUCUAUUUGUAAAAUCCUAAAAAAAAAUAUCAUUGUAAACUUUACCUCCCCCACCCUUUUUUUUUACCACUUUAAAAAUGACAUCUUUCCCAAAGGGUUGGUUUUUCAUUAAAAAUCUGAAUAACGGAUAUGUAUUAUCCACUGAAAAGUUCACUGCUGGUGAACCCGUCGUUAUUGCUUCGGUUCGAGUCAAAGAUUUCGAUACUCAACUUUGGCAACACGGCGAAGAUGGCCGUCUUCAUAAUAAGAAGACUGGAUUUGUUCUCGAUCUUACCAGAGGUCUUGCUAAGAUUGGCUCUGAAAUCGUCCAACAAAACGAUUCUGAUUCUUCAGAAAGUCAAACUUUUGGCAUGUCCGCCGACGGCCAUAUUUAUCUUGUAAAAGACCCUACUUUAGUCCUUGGUAUCAAGGAAUCAUUUUUCACCCGUCGUGAAGGUCAACACGUUCAUCUUCAAGCUCUUGACAGAAAUAUUAAAGAGCGUAAGGAUCAACGCUGGGACUUUAUCUUGCCUUCCACAAAACGUUCUAGCACAAUUACUAGCCCCAUUGACAGUUUGAAGCGCACAAUCAGCGGUGCAUCUCUCGGUAGUUUCAGCUCCAGCUCUGUUUCUACUCAUGUUGAUGAAGAUGGCUGUCUUGAUGAGUCCGCUCACAACCAAUUGAACUCGUUCCCCGAUUCUGCAUUCUUUAUCAAGUCUGAGUCAACUGGUUAUUACAUUGGCAUUGAAGCUAGUUCCAUUAAUAGUCCAGGCGGUAGACUUUCUCUUGAACCCCUUCGUAAAAGUAAUUACGAAAGUCAACUUUGGCAUUACGAUGUCAUCAGUGGUCGUUUGAUCAAUACCAAUUCUGGUUUCUCUCUUAGCGCUGAAGAGCUUUCUGAUGAUUCUCAUGUUUGCCAAUCAUCUAGCUCCACCGAAAAGGACAUGGCCUACCAAUCUUGGACUUUGACUGAGACUGGUUCAAUUAAACUCAGGUCCGAGAGCAACUUUGUACUUGGUUUCAAGAAAGACAGUUGGUUUGGUUUAAACCGCGAAGGAGCUACUGUCUUGUUGCAAAAACAAACCGACAAUAAAACACACUCUCACCAAAAGUUUGUUAUUGUAUUGCCUAUUUUCAAAAAAAUGACAACUGAAAUUGUCACUGUAUCUGAAAAGAUUGGUGUCUUCCCUGAAGGUUACUUCUUUAUUAAGAAUCAAAAGCAUGGUCUAGUCAUUACUGUUGUUGAUACCGAUAAACUUGCAGCUCAGGUUAUUGCCACCCAAUUAGACACCGAAAACUACAAUCGACAAAUGUGGAAGCACAGCGAUGGGUACCUUUUUAACAAGGCUUCUGAUUUGGUUUUGGAUGUUCGCGGAGGUUGCAUUGUCUCCGGAUCUGAACUCUGCCAAUACAAGCAAAAAAAGGAAGGUGCCGAAAACCAACAAUGGGGUCUUUCCGUUGAAGGUUACAUUCAUUCUAAAAAUCAUAAGGAUGUAGUCUUAGCCCUUUCUGGUACAAGAAAGACUUCUUUAUCUGUCUAUUUAGCCAACAAAAAAACUCCUGACCAUGAAGAGCAAAGAUGGAAUUUCGUUCUCCCCGUCUUUAAGCAAAAGACGACUACGGUUACUGAGACUACUGUACAAAAGUCUGUUUGCUAUCAUCAUUAUGCUCAAUAUCCAAGUGGUUGGUUUUUCAUUCGUUCUUUUGCUGGUGGAUCAUCUACUGAAGCACCUUUGGUCCUCACUGCCGAUAGUACUACUCAUAACGUCUCUCUCACCAAAAUCAGUACUGAACAUUGGCGUAAUCAACUUUGGAUGUAUUGGAAUGGCGUUUUAAUUAAUUUUGCAACUCAACUUGCCAUGGAUGUUGACAAAGUUGAUGCUGGGGCUUCUAUAUGUCAAGAAUUACGUCAAGCUAAAUCCAUCAGUCAAAGAUGGGCUCUUACCAUUGACGGUUUCCUUGUACAUGGAUCCAAUCCAUCCCUUACACUUAUUCCCGAAGCGUCUGAUAACGGACAAUUUAAACUUGUUCUUGCUGAUCACGCUACUGCACAAAAGGAAUCACGUUGGGGUUUGUUGUCUCCUGAAAUCAAGGUUGAAAACGGUGUUCAAAUCAUCUCUCGUUGGAAUAUCACUCUCUUGACCGAAUGGAAGAAAUUUAAUGAACAAGCUGUUCAAAAGGUUGUCCAUCGUAUUGCUGACUGGCCGGAGUCAACUUUCUUUAUUAGCGCUCAAGAUGGUUUAGCUUUAGCUCCUGAGAAAUCAGAGGCUUAUUCCUUCCUUGUAGUUAAGAAACUUGAAUUUGGUCAAAGUGAACAUUUUAAAUGGGCUUACCGUGAUGGGUUUGUUGUGCAUGUUGCCACUGGUCUAGUAUUGCAUGCGUCAGAUGACCUUGUAAGUGGUAGCUCUCUUCAAAUCAGAGAACAGCUUCUUUUGGAUUCCAACACAAUCGACCAACGUCAGAAGUGGGUUAUCAAGACUGAUGGAUCUAUCGUGUCUGAACUCAAAAAUACCCUUGGCUUUGCUCUUCUUCUUCAAGGUAACAAGUAUCUUGUCCAACUCGCUUAUGCCAGCAAGACAAGUGAACAUUAUGGAUGGGGUUUCGUUCGUGGUCAUUAUGAAAGCCGCUACAGUGAUGUAUAUAAGAAGGAAGUUUCCGUUGUUACUCGUACUGAACGUAUUCUUUUAACUGUUCAAACUCAACGAACUUCUGCUUCUGCCAACACGAAACUGGUUACUCGCUCCUAUGGUGUUUUCCCUGAAAACUGGUUUUACAUUCGCUCAAAGGCCGAUAGUGACCUUGUACUUACAGCUCCCAGUCGUAAGGAAGGUGCUAAAUUGACUCUUUCUAAGACUGAUUUUAAGAUAUUCCGCCGUCAGUUAUGGCAUGUUCAAGAUGAUGGUUGUCUUGUUAAUCUUGAAUCUGACUACGUCAUUGAUGUCGCCGGUGGUGCCUUUAAUGUCGGUAGUGAUAUUAUUCAAUGGCAUGAGAAAUAUUUGCGAAAGUAUCGUAAAAACCAAACUUGGAGUCUCUCUGUUGAUGGUCAUAUUCACCCCAAAGCUCGUCCUGGACUUGUUCUUGGUGUUAAAGGCAACGAGGCUGUGGACGGCGCUGAAAUCCAAUUGCAUACUCGUGGUUCUCUUGAUCUUGCGUAUCAAUUAUGGACAUUUGCUUCUCCUGUCUUUGGAAGAACUGUAUCUGGCGUUGCUGGUGUUUCUGCUAAUGCUGGCGUAUUGGAGCACAACGAAUCUGAUGUAUACAUCGAUAGUGUCACAGAAGCUGCCUUUGAAACCACCACCACUGAACGUUAUGAACGCAGAAACAAGCUUACUGUUGUUCGUAGAUGGGGUCUUUUCCCUGAAGGUGGAUUUUUCAUUCGUUCCAGCUAUGGUGACGAGCAUCUCGCAUUAACGGUUGAAAAGAAGCCCAGAAUUGCCGAAAAUGGUCGUACUGAGUUUGAGGUUACGCUUAGACCUAUCAACUUUAAGGAAUACCAAUGGCAUUUCUGGUUCUAUAAAGAAGGUCAUCUUAUCAAUGCUCAAACUGGUCUUGCAUUAAGUGCUAGUGCAGUUAAAGGUCUUCUUGUAGAAGACGGCCUUAGAACACCAUUAUUUGUUCGUGAUAUGUCUAUGUCUGAAUCCCAAUUCUGGUCUCUCAGCAUUGAUGGUGAAAUUUACUUGCGUUCUGAUGAACAUCUUGUUGUAGGUGUUUCCAACUCAAGACGUACUAACGUUUCUGGUGCUCAAGUUGGUAUUCGUGAGUUACGUGUUCGUACUUACAUGAAUGAAAACAAUCAACAAGAGACAUCUCUCAAGUCUGAACCAUGGUUACGAUGGGUAUUCUCGAAGCCUGUUUAUGGUAAAAAGACUACCACAACUACCACUACCACUACAACUUCUUCGCAAGAAACAUCUGCUGCAGGUGGACUUGUUGCCUCCGGUGAGGUUGUUGAAGGAUGUACUGAUGAGGUUCUUAAUGUUCAACACAAAGAAGAAUCUGCUGAUGACUAUUCCAUUGAAGACGAGGAAGAUACCGAUGAUGAAUCUGACGAUGAUGAAGACGAUUCAAAUAAGAAAUCAUCAUCCAAUGUUAAUCUUGGCCUUCUUGGUAAUCUCGGUAUUGCAACUGCUGGUGCUGGAAUUAUGGCCGGUGCUGCUGGUAUGCUUUCUAAUGUAAUUACAUCUGUACCUGAGUCUAUUUCUACUGCUGUUAUUGGCAAGCCUCAAACGCAGGAAAACACUACCACCACUCAAGGUCAGAUUGUCAAAAAGACUUCUUACAAAUCACUCAGAUAUGACCGUAAAGAGUCUUAUCACGCCAGCAUUGAUUAUGUUCCUACCGGUUUUGAAAAGGUAGUCCGUUAUAAGACUCAUCAGCGAUUCAAUUUCCCUGCUGCAGGUUAUUUCAUGAUCAAAAGUUAUCUUCAUGGAUUUGUACUUGAUGUUGCUGAUGGUGAAACCAAAGAUGGUGCUUUUGUUGUUCUUGCUCCAAUCAAGACUACUGACUUUGCCAGUCAACUUUGGUCAUACCAGGAUGGCCGUGUUGUUAAUCUUAAGGGUCAUAAUCUUGUAUUAGACGCUACUUUAUCGGAUACCGUCAAAGCUGGAGAGAGACUUGUUAUCUCAACCAAGACUGGUACUGCAACCUCAUCCGAUCAACACUUUGAAUUCGGUGUUGAAGGUGGCCUUAUUCAAUUAAAAUCUAAUGGUAACUUGGUUCUUUCAGUCAAGGAGCUCAACCGUGUUACUGAUAAGAAUGCUCGUAUUGAUGUAUACCUUCAAGAAGAGAAAUCUCAUCUCAAGAGUAACUUUGGUCGACCUGAACAGCGUUGGGAAAUUAAGAUUCCUGCCUUGAUUCCAAUGGAACAAAGUAACAGCACUACCUCUGAGACGAAGUACACCAUCAUCGAGGGCGGUAAAAUUAGUGCUAUUUCAAGUUCUGUUUCUGCUAUCAUUGCAUUUGAAUGGGUAAAGGAGACUUUCCAUCAUAAGAUUUCGGCUGAUAACCAAUGGCCUGAUUCUCAAAAUUGGUUCUUCAUUCGUAUCGAUGUCGAGAAUUCGUUCUUGUCAUCGGGAGUUACUGACACAUCUGAAAUUAAGUUUGUCUCUCUUGGUAAAAAUGAAGAUCACAAGCAAUUUUUAUGGGCCUACGUCGAUGGUUAUUUAGUUAACUACAAGUAUAUGUUACGUCUUGUUUACGACAAAGAAUCCAACAAAUUGCAGCUUUCAAAUAAGACUGAUACUUUGGAUCAAUUCUUUUCUGUUUCGAGUAAUGGUCAGUUAUCUGUCAAAAUCAGCUCCGAUACGACAUAUUUCCGUUUCGUUUCCACUCAAACCGAAACCAAGUCCGAAAGUUUUACUUAUCAACUGGUAUCGUCUUCUGAAGUUGAUUCAACUGAAUCUGAUCAUUCUCUUCAACUUCAUGUCCCUAUCUUUAAUGAUGCUGAGGUUGAAAAGGAUUCCAAAAUUGCUCUCUCAUCUGCAAUCUCUUGGAUCCAAUCUUCUCAGAAGUCUUCCUCGACAUCAACUACUACUACUGUCCAAAUUUCUCAACGAUAUGGACUUUUCCCUCAAGCUACUUGGUUCUUCGUGAAAGCUAAUAUCAAAGGUAACGAUAGUCUUGUUCUUGCUGUUAAGGAUGAUUCACGCAAGUCUGGUGCCACUCUUGUCGUCAAGAAGUUGAGUUUCAAGGAUUUCAAGAGCCAACUUUGGACAUUCCGUGCUGGUUUAUUGAUCAACUACGGAAGCAAGUUUGUCAUUGAUGUUAGCAAUGAGAUCAAUGGGUUGUCUAAGAUUAUCCAAGCUCCUGAAGCAUGUGUCAGUUCCCAAAAAUGGUCUCUUACAGCUAAUGGCCGCAUUCAACUCGAAAGUUAUUCGCAAUACACUUUUGGUUACAAUAGAACUGAUAGCUUAGUCGAAAAUACUGAAGUAGUUCUUGUUGAAAAUAAGGAGUCGUAUGAAGAGUCUUCGGCUAUUCAAGCUUUCACUUGGAAAUUCUCUGUACCCGUCUUUGGUACUAAGACCGAGACUUCAACAACCACUACCACUACAACAACGACUACUAUCUCCUCAAUCGAGAGAAUUUCUUCUUGUAUUGAAAAGGGUGCCCUCAUUGAAAGCGUCGAAGAAGCUGAAAUUAAGGUCGAAGAUACUUUUGUAAAGAAAAACAGUGCUGCUACCAACUCAUCGUCUGUGUCAACUGCUGUUAUUCAAAAGGAAAAGCACCAUGGUUUCCAAGAUAUUCUUACCAGUGUUGGAAUCGCUGUUACUGCUGGUGCCAUCGCUGUUGGUGCUAUUGAAGGAGCAUCAAAGAUUACUGAUAAAAUCUCUGAGAUUAACAAUGACAACAAAAAGACUGCCGAAGAAAAGAAGCAAUCAUCAUCUUCAACCGUUGUUAAAACUCAAGAUCAGAUCAAAUCAGAUUCUGCUAAGGUUUCGACUCCUGUUAAAGGUAACCCUACCUCUGCUGUAACUGAUGUUGACAAAACUUCUGAAGUCGUGAUUGUUCGUCGUUCUCAACGUACAUCUAUUCAAAUAAUUGAGGAAUCUCGUGUCAUCAUUCGUGCAUGGAAGAUUGUUUUCAGUCAACGAAUUCAUCAUUGCAAAUCAAAAGCUGAAUUGGUUCAAACAAUCGAAGAGUCUCGCGAGGAACUUUUCAGACGCUUAGACGAGCAUUUACGUGUACAUGCGUCUGUCGAAAAUCUGGUUGUAGGAUCUGUACCUGAAUGGCAUGUAUCUAUUCAUCAAGUCAAGGAGCUUUAUAGAGCACGUAUUUUUGACAAGUUCUUGGCUCGCUUAGCAUAUGAAGAUAUUUCUACUGUUUCCGAACUUGAUUUUGAUAAUGCUUUAUCCUCAGCCACUGAAGAGGUUGAGAAUCAUUAUAAGCUUGUCAUUGAAAACCAGACCAAGGUUUUAUCUGAAACGUCCACUACUAAAGUUCAGGAGUCUCAAUUUACCGAGGUUUCAAUCCAGGAAAAUGUUCUUGUUACCAUUGAUACGAUUAAGGUCACUGUUCGUUACUGGUUGAUUGGCUUGUAUGAAACUAUUUCUCUUGCCAGAAAUAACGGAGUUUCUGAAGAGAAGAUCAGUGUUAUUGUUAAUGAUUCGCGUAAGGAGCUCACCAGUAAAUUGACCAGUAUUAAGGAAUCAGCCUCAGCUCAUCUGGAGAAGUCAUCGUCAACUACUUUGACUUCCAAGAAAAAUUCCAUUGUUAAUACCAUUGACACGGCUAUUACUCAGACUGAGAAUGUUAUUUCUAGCCAGGUCACCAACAUGUGCACUAAAAAGGAGUACCUUGUCACUGAAGAGCACUGGUUGGAUGUCACUCGUACCACUGAAGAGCGUCUUUCUGGAGAGCUUAAGGUUUAUCAAACUGCUAUUACUCAAGAAAUUGCGGAUGUUCAAAAAACCGAAAUUUCCAAAGCUGAUCAAGCCGAAAUCUCUAUUGUUCUUGAUGAAAAGAUGGUUACUGUUGCUCAACAAACUGUUACCAAUAAGUUGGUUGAGACUAAGACCAAAAUUUCUAGCUGGUAUACUGAAGUUAUUCAACAAAUCAAUUGGCUCUUGGAAGAGAGUAAGACAACAAGCUCAUCCGAAGAGACAAUUAAGCAGGACACUAUUGCUAUUGUUGAUGCUGCUCAGAUUGAAAUUGCUACCCGUAUCGAGGAGACCAAGUUAGUUGUACGUACUUACUAUGCUCAUUUGACCUACUUAAGUUGGGCUGAACGUCGUCGAAUUGAAUACUCUUUGGACAACGUCAAAGCUUCUGUAACUGCCAGUAUCACUCAAUUUAAGGAGUUGGUAGAGAAGUCUAAUGUUACAAAAGAACAAAUUGUUCGUUAUUCCAACUACUCGUUUGGUGCUACUGCUUCCCGUAUUGUUCUUACUGAUAUUCAAACUAUUGUUCACAAGGUUGUAAAUGUAAAGGAGACAACAACUGUUGUCAACACUAUUGAUCAGACUAAGACAGAUAAUACUAAAGUUACCGAGGUCAAGAAGACCACGGAAACAAAGCAAGAGGAUAGUACCAAAAAGACUGAGAAUAUCAAAGUCGACGAAAUCAAGAAGAUUGAAAAAGUCAAGGUUCAAGAUAAGACCAAGAUUGUUGAUACUAUCCAUACUGAAGUCGAGGAGACUAAAGUUGGAAAGGUUGAUAAUAAAGCUUCUGGAUCUUCAAGUAAACAACACUCCGCUGUAGUUUCAGAUAACAAUCAUACUGCUGGGUCUGUAUCUACCGCUGUUAUUGGUGCCGCUGCCGCCGCUAUGGCUAGUGCUGCUAUUUUCCAUCAUUUUGAAGGAAAGGACAAUAAGGAGCAGGAUCAAAAGAAACAAGAUAAUACUUCUGGUACCAUUAUCACUAACAAGCCGAUUGCUGUUACUGAAAAGCCUGCUAUUACCCAUACUAAUGUUGUAGUCGGUAAGGCUUCUGAAACUAUUCACGUUGACGAGCAAAAAGUAUCUUCUGAUGUCAACACUACUAAGCAAGAAAAGUCUGAGACAUUGGUUGUUGUCUAUGAGCAAGUUCAAGUUAUUGUUUCUGAAUGGCUUACUACUUUGAACAAGCGUAUUUAUGAAUGCGCACAAAAGAAGGGUGAUAAUGUCAAAGAAGAGAUUGAUACGAUUAUUUAUGAGUCUCAACACCAACUUGUUACCGAAAUUGAAAAAGCCAAGCGUAAGACCACCACUGUUAUCGGCACUUCUCAAACAUCUUUCCAUGAUACUCUUUCCUGGGUUAGACGCACUGUCUGGAAGCAGGUUGUUGAAGUUAAACGAAUUGGUUAUGAAAUCGCAUCUUCUACUGAAACAAGUACAAAUCAUUUUGAAGAACAGCUUGAAACCUUGAAGGAGACCACCUUGCAAAAAGUCAAUGUUGAGAUCGAAAAGACCAAAAAAUCUGCAUCUGUAAUCCAUAUUGUUGGUCAUGCCUCUGCUGCUGUGAUUGCUGUUGGUAAGAAGUUUGAAGGAAAAGAUUAUUCCAAAACUACUUGUGGCCAAUCUGUUGAGAAGUCCAAGGUAUCUGUUGGUAUUCUUAUCGAAGAAACCCGCGUUACUGUUCAACAUCUUUUCAGCAAACUCACCAACUCUAUUACGGAGCGUCGUAAGGAAGGAGGUGAUAAUGUUCAAGCAGACAUUGAAGUUUUGAUCAAGGAAUCACGUGAAGAAAUCAAUUCUUAUAUUGUACAAAGCAAGAUUGACUUCGAAAAACGACUCACUACUCAACUCACUUCAACUGAAGUUUCUUCAUCCGAGAAAGUUAACACUGAACUGACUAGCGAAACUAUCAAGAAGGUUCAAACUACUUUGGAGCGAAUUGAAGAGAGUUACCUGGCUCAGGUCACUCGUGUAGAAGAAGUUACUACAUCAACAUCCACUAUUUCAGAAGUUGAGUACACUGAAAAAAUGACUGUUAUCACUUAUGAGACUCGCAAGAAAAUUGACGAGACUUUGUCUGUUUCAGAGACUGUCAUUGGUCAUCAUAUUGAAGUUAUUGCUGAAUCUACACAGGCACAAGAGACUUCUACCACUGUUUCCAAGACCGAAGAGAAGUCAUCUGAUGCAAAUACGCAGGUGUCUUUAGGUGUUGAGUAUGGUCUUCUUGUUGUUUCCGAGACUAUCAAGAGUGUUUCCAACCAAAUUUCCACUCUUGUCGAACGUGUAAACCAACGUGUUACCAUUGGGUCUGAAACCCUUCAUCAAGAUGUUACUGAUUUUAUCGAAAGCUCUGAUAAGGAACUCGAACUUAUUUUUGAGGAAGCCAAGACAAAGAUUUCUUAUGAAUUGUCUAUGGUCGCUUCUCAUGAAAAGGUGGAAGAAAAGCAUUUCCUCAUUACUCUUGAAGCUCUCCGUAAAACAGCAAAACAACGUAUCUCUCAGAUAGAAACUGUUGUUACUAGUGAAAAGGAAGAAUCCAAGACUGUUUCAAAGAAGCUUCUCCAAAUCGCUGAGGAAUCUCGCUAUGAAAUAGCUGCUCAUUAUGGAUUUAUCAAGAGAAUUGUGACCGUGAAUGCCAAUAAGGUUUCUCAAGUUAUUCAUAAUGGUACUGUUUCUCACGAAGGCACUGGUACUCAAGUUGUUGUCUCGCAUGAAGAAGAUAAACUCAAGAAAGAGCAGCAAGAAAAGGAAGAUCAUCAAUCUAAGAUUGAUCUUGCCAAAAAAGUUCUUGCUGGCUCUGCUGCCGUAGCCGCCGGUACCGCCAUUGCUGUCGAAAUUGCGAAGAAGAUUUCUGAACAUAAAGAGAAAACUGAUAAGGUUGAGCAAAUCCAAAAGCAAACAACCGUCGUAAUUGAAAAUGUUCAAAUCCAAUUUCAAAAAUGGAUUGCUACUCUCACUGAAACUGUUAUUACUGAGUCUAAGAAGACCACUGUGUCCACUGAAGAAAUUACUCUUACCGUUGAAAAAUCCAAGGCUGACUUUAUUGAAAUAAUCAAGAAGGCUAAGUCCAAUGAGGUGAUCACUGAAAAGCAUCAGCAUCAAAUUCUUACCUGGAUCGAAGAAACCGCCAUGGCACAAGCUACCAGAAUUCAGGAAAUUGCUGUAUCUUCAUCAACUACUGCAUUUGACGUAGAAUCCAGACUUGAGGUUAUUAAGGUCUCUACAUCUCAAGAAAUUGAGCUUGCUUUGGAAAAGUGUAAGCAUUCUAAGUCUUAUGCCACUGAAUAUGUUGGUGUAACUGUUGACGAUCUCAAGAAGAAGGAGUCUGCAUUAUUGGAUAUCAGAAGUGAACUUGUUGUUGUUAUUCAAGAUGUCAAAUCGUCUCUUGUUACAUACUUCCACGAAUUUACCAAGUCUGUUGUUGCGCGUGUGCAAAAGGGAGGUGAUAACGUCGAAAAGGAUGUUGCAAUUUUAAUUGCAAACACCCGCAAGGAUUUAUCUGUUUACAUCGAGAAUGUUAAGAACACUGCUACCAAGAGGUUAACUGCUUUGGAAACGAAGUCUUCUAACUCUGUUAUUUCUAUUGCUGCUCUUUCUGGUAUUGCUACUGCCGAAAUCAUUAGUGUUCUCAAGUCCAGCGAAGAAACCAUUAUGCAUAAGGUUAAUCGUGUUCAUUCUAGUGUUUGGUACAUUGAAAGUAACCAAGAUACCACUGAGAUUAUUGAGUCUAUCAAAACUAUUGAAUCUGAAACCACUAUUGAAAUCACUGAAAAGAUUGAAAGUUCCAAGUACGGAUUUGUUACCGCUAUCAAUGAGCAUCAUAAGUCUGGAAAUGUCAAUACCCAUGUCACAGAACACAAGGAUACUCAUUUGGAAGCUUCUUUAACUGUUCAAGAAAUUAAAGUCACUAUCCGUGAAUGGCUUCGUGAUUUGGCGGAAAAGGUCUCUGUCUGUUCUCAAAAAGGUGGAUCGACGGAAGAAAUCGAGGUUAUUAUCAAGAAAGAAAAUGAUAUCAUCUUUGAAUAUCUCGAUUUGUCUGUUACUAAGAUUACCGAAUCUGUGAAGACUGAAGAGUAUAUUGAGUAUUUGCAUCAUACUGUUGAAAAGGUCAAGACAUCAAUUUCCAAGACAUCAUCUGAAAUCCAGGUUAUUGGUGUUGAAUCAUCUUCCGAGUCCUCAACUUACGGUGGGUUUGAUAAGAUGACUUCAGUUAUUACUCAGCAUGAACAUGAAAUCAGUGAAACUCUCGUCAUUUAUGAAAAUAAGAUCAGUUCAACCACCAAGGGACAUGAAACUGUUAUUGCUGACAAGACUGCCACUUCUAUUGUAAAGAAAGACGAGAAGAAGCCACAGGUUAUCAAACAAGAAGUAUAUGCCGUUGUUACCGUUGAGUACAUUCUGUCUACUGUUCAUACAUGGCUUGAAGAACUCAUGGUAGAUGUCUCUGAGGUUUCAAAGCGUGAACAUAAUAUCACUGUUGUUACCAACGAGAUUAACUCUGUUGUUGUUGAUGCCCGCGAGUUCAUUACUUCCGAAUUUGAAAUGAUUAGUAAGAAGAUCCGUAACACGAAGGGUGAUGCUGCUGCUAUACAAGAACUCAUUAAUAUUCUUGAAUGGACUCGAGGUAUGGUUCUUCAAAGUUCAUAUCAAAUCCAACAAAUCGGUGUCAACUGUGGUGUUUCUUUCAGCUCUACUGGCGGUAUUGAACAAAUGAGACCCCUCGUUCAUGCUACUGAGAGUCAGAUCAUUGUCGCCGUCGGUCGUUGUAACAAGAAAAUCAAGAUCGAUGUUGAACGUAGCUCUGCUCAUUCUGAAAAGCACAAAAUUAAAAAGGAGUGCAAGAAGGAAGAGCUCAAGAAGAAAACUGAAUGUGCCAAAGUAGAGAAAAAGAAAACCCAGUUAGUUGUUAAGAAAGAUAAGCACUCUAAGACAUCUGGCUCUGAUUCCAAUUCAGAAUCUGAUGAUUCUGAAGAUGACUCCGGUUCUGAUUCUGGCAGUGACACUAACUCUCAAAAAGGUGGUUACAAGAAGACUAAGAAAACAAAGACUGAUUGUGAAAAGGUUAAGAAUCUUCCUCUGUCAAAAAGAAGGUAGCCGCUGGUGUUAUUUUAGGUGGUGCCAUUUUGAAAAAAAUUAAGCACAGCCAAUCAUCCAGCUCCUCCAGCUCAGCCUCCGAAUCUGAUUCAGACGAUAGCAGCAAGAAAACCACAGUUAUUGAUAAGAAGAAGCUUACUACUGGUCAAUCUACUCUUGAUGUUACUAUUAUUGUUCGUGAAUGGUUCGAAAAACUUACUUUUGAUGUCUCCCAACGUUCAAAGAAGGGUGGUUCUA